UUAGGACUCACAUUAUGUUUCAGGUUAAAAUCCAAUAAAUAAAUCAAAUUAAAAAGAAGUCUGUGCGGAUAAUAGGGUUCUUGAAUUGUCUGAUAGAUAUAGAAGAAGUAAAUUGGUUAUUGAAAAUAAGCUGAUAAUCUAUAAAGCGCUUGUUAGAGCUCUAAUAACGUAUGCAGCUCCGAUGUGCAGGAACCUGUUGAGCAACAUGGGAAAAGUGGACAUUGGCUUCGCAGAAGAAUGUGAGUCUUGGCGAUUACAAAGUAGAUUCUUUCGAAGCAAAAUAGGAGGAAAUCCGGCGUGGCUAAAUUUAAAGACACUACCCAAAAAUGAUCAAAUUUCUUGCGAUUACUGCAAAGAUCCUUGUAUAUUUUUAUGUCAAGUUUACGCUCCUUAUGAAGAAGAUGCCAGAGCUUUUCACAGGACCCUUUAUAUAUUUAUCUGCAAAAAUCCCAAUUGUUGCAAAACAAAUAAAGCUGGGAAUUUAAAGGUUGUUCGAUCUCAGUUGGAAAGACUCAACGAAUUUUAUCCUUCUAAUCCUCCAGAAGAAAACAAGGCCUGGAGAACAGACAUAAGCGUUGAGAAGUGGACAAGAAUCUGCUAUGUAUGUGGAAUUUUGUCCACGAGUCAUUGCGCCAAAUGCAAAAAAGUAGAUUACUGCUGUCACUUACAUCAAGUAUUCGACUGGGAAAAUGGCCAUAAGGAAUCAUGUGGUACUGAAAAGGAGGUAGAUUCUAAAAGUAUUUUUUUCCCAGAAUUUGAACUAGUUAUCGAGCCAGAACGAAAGGAAAAAGAAGCAAUUUUAGAGAAAUACUUUCAAAAUAAGGACAUUAAAAAGGAAAUACAGGAAAUCAAAAAAUAUGAAAGCCUUGUGACAAGUGGACAUGCAGGCACUUUGAUAUCUGAACCUAAUGUGGAUGCUGAUUUAAUUCAAAUGUCUAAUAGAAUAGAGGACGUAACGUUUUUCGAGUUUCAAGAACAUAUUAAAAACGAUCCAGAUCAAGUGUUAAGGUACGAUAGAGGAGGAUUUCCGUUGUACAUUUCGUCAAUCAAUCAAGUUGAAUAUAUUCCGAAGUGUGAAGAAUGCAAUUCAGAAAGGCAAUUUGAAUUCCAGAUAAUGCCUCAGCUAAUAAAUUACCUCGAUUUUGAAGAUCCGAUAAAUAGUCUCGAUUGGGGUAUCAUAGGAAUAUUUACGUGUAAAAAAUCAUGCGUGCCAAAAGCUGGCUAUGUAUCAGAAUGGAUAUGGAAACAGGAUAUAGUCGAAAAUGAAACUGUUAAUAUUUGUAAAAGUAAUACUCCAUAAAAAUAUUUUAUAAGUUCCUUUCAGUUCUGAAAUUUUAUGUCAUUACUUAUUUUUAGUAUACAAGAAGUGAAUAAUUAAUAAGGUUACCCCUCCCUCUCCUUUUUCUUGAUUUUUCUUGAUUUUUCUUCUAUGGCUAUUAUCGAUAAAUUUUUUGUUUGAAAAUGUAAUAUAUUCUAUUUGUUUCAUAUUUAUGUCCGAGGGUAUUUUUCACUAAAUGUCUGAAGUAAAAACGAAUAUAAAAAUAUCUUUUGUG